UGGUUCGUCGUGCGGGUGCUGCUCCGUGGCGUGUUUGGCUCUAUAUAUAUCUGUGCCACUGCUGGCGCUUGCCACUCUGCAGGCACUGCGAUUCCCUAGAUGCUGUAGUGUGAAUUUUGAAUUUUGUUUUGGCCCCAGCCAACUUGCAAUUUAUGUGGCUAAUUAGAGGAAAAGCAGGCGGCGGCGGACCAUUUGUGCGUGACUCUCGAGCGCCGUAAGUGCUGCGCAUCCUUUACGUUUCGUGUGCCGCGCCCCUACCGCCCACCAAAAAAAAAAUAAACAACAGCAAAAAAAAAAAAUACAAAAAAAAGAGAAUUAACACAACGUGCCGGAAGAAUAAUAAUACACUCCAGUUAUCAAAACACUUGAAGUACUGGAACUGGUAGUGGAAGUGGAGUCCGAAAAAUCUGCAGUGCAAAAAAAAGCGAAAGGGAAUUGAAAUCGAAAUUUGGGGCAAAAGCGGAUUACGAGCAGCGAUAACAGCCGAAAGCGGAAAAUGAAAAUGAAAACGAGUCUCCAAGUGCGGGAAAACAAGCAGGAAAACUGAAAAGAUUCCCCACCCCAACCAACAAUCCACCAAAAUACGAAACGGAAUGUCCAUAAAAGGGCGAAUGAACAUGUAAAAGCACAUUAAGCGAUGCUAUGGACUUGAUCUGACUCACAUGGACAUGCAUUCGUAAAUGUCGACGGAAAUGCUCUUUUUAUGGGCCACGAGUACAUUGGCGCUUCAUUAAAGCCAACGGCGGAAGCGGAAAUAGCCGAGCGGCCAUAACAAGGAGACGCGUGUUUAUUGGCGCCGCCAGGUCAGAAAAACGCAAAAACACCAGAACACAGAGACGUAGUAACCCGAACUGCCAGCUGCAAACUGCAACAUUCUGUACUACUUGGCAAUAUACUUGUAUACUCCUGCUGCUUGUUUCUUUGACACUCUGGUCAAAUUGAAGUUUGCCACAUAAAUGACGAGACGUUCUUGCGUUUGGCACAACGCACCGCAAGCACGACAAAAUGACAGCCAUGCAGCUUUUAUUGCCAACAAAUACACUGGAAACCGAAACAACAGCCAUGCAAACGACAUAUUGGCCAAGACAAGCCGGCAACAGCAAAUGCAACAGCAAGUGCAACAGCAAAAGCAACAGCAACAGCAAAGGCAACACCAAAUGCAAGUGCAACAUGAACACACAUCGAAAAUCACGGACGAGAUGCCCGGACAAUGGGAAAACGAUUUGGGCUGUCGGCUUCACGUUGGUCCUGUUGACUUGCCUGCAGCAACUGAAAUCGGUUUCGGCGGACGAGGAGUCGCAGGAUUUUCAAAAGAACAUACCCGCUCGAUUGGUUUGGGCCGCUUUGGGCAAGACGGUGGAGCUGCCCUGCGAUUUGACGCCGCCCACGUCGCAGGACUCGGUGAAGCUGCUGCUGUGGUUCAAGGACACCACGGGCAUUCCUCUGUACAGUCUGGACUCGCGGGGCGGCAACGUGAAGUUGGCGCCACAUGCGGCCAUAGCUAGCGAUCUGGGGCAGCGUCUGUUCUUCAGCAUCGGCGACAAUCCCAAGGAUUCCCGCCUGCAGAUCAACGAUGUGAAGCCGGAGGACGGUGGCGUCUAUCGCUGUCGCGUCGACUUCUUCAACUCCCCAACGCGCAACUUCAGGCACAACCUGACCCUAGUUGUGCCGCCCGAGGAGCCGCGCAUCUUCGAUGCCCAGGGCAAGGAGAUAACCCAGAUGGCAGGACCCUUCCGAGAGGGCUAUGAGCUCUUUCUCUGCUGUCAAGUGAGAGGCGGACGACCCCCGCCCAAAGUCACCUGGUGGCGCGACGACACCGAGCUAAUCGGCACCAGCCACACGUCCGUGGAGGAGGGCGCCACCGUGAUGGUUAAUCAGCUGCUGAUUGGAACCACCACGCGGGACUUCUACGGAAUUCGCAUCGAGUGCCGGGCGCAGGGCACACGGCUGGUGGAUCCGGUCCGCAAGGAUGUCACCGUGCAGGUUUACUUGAAACCGGUGCGCGUAAAGAUUGCAACUCCCAACGAACUGCUGACCGCUGGACAACCGAUGCCCAUACGCUGCGAGUCCUGGGGCUCGUAUCCUGCGGCCAAGAUCACCUGGCUGCUCGAUGGCGAGCCCAUUCGCAAUGCCGAGGUCACCGUCCACAGCGACAAGGAGGACGGGAACAUCACCACGAGUAUCCUGACAUUGAAGGUAACAUCGGAGAACGAUAAUGCCGAGCUGACGUGUCGCGCCACGAAUCCCUGGUUCUCCGGUGGCGCCAUCGAGGACAAGCGCAUCAUCCGUGUGGCAUAUCCGCCCACGGUAUCGGUGCACUUGGCCAACGAGGAUCCCAGCCGGCUGGUGACGCGGGCCGAGGGCCAGAAUGUCACCUUCAAGUGUCGGGCGGAUGCCCGGCCGCCGGUGACCAGCUACUCCUGGUUCAAGAAUGGCAUGCGAAUGUCGGGCGAGAGCACGGAAAUAAUGCACUUGACGCAACUGGAGAGGGAGAGUGCGGGGGCGUACGCCUGCGGGGCCACAAACACGGAGGGCGAGACCCGGAGUUCGAGUCUCACUUUAAAAGUGCAGUUCUCGCCGCGCUGUAAGUCGGGCACCGAACAGACCUCCAUUGGAGCCGUCAGCCUUCACUCGAUCCUGGUCAAAUGCGAGGUGGAUGCCGAUCCGCCGGACUCCGUGCGCUUCAGCUGGACGUACAACAAUACCCGGAACGUGUCGCCGGUGCUCAACUCGAGGAUACAGUCGAACGGACUGGCCAGCACGGUGACGUACCUGCCCCAAACGGACUCCGAGUUAAUAACGCUGGCCUGCUGGGCCAGCAAUGCUGUGGGCCGCCAAACGACGCCCUGUCUGGUGCACAUCCUGCCGGCAAACACCCCGGAGGCACCGAAGGCCUGCGAACUGCGCAACGACACCGUCCUGGAGGUGGUCUGUGUGGCGGGCAGCGACGGAGGACUCUCGCAGUACUUCAUGCUGGAGGUGGUGGGCGGUGACCCACUCUACGCAGGAGAUCCGGGCGGAUCGGCGGGCCAGGGACGUGGCCAGUUCAGCGAGGCCAUCGGCCUGGGCGACAACGAGAUAUCCACGCUCAACGAUCAGGCGACAUCUGCACCCAUCUUCCGCAUGCAGGAGAACAGUCCACAGUUUCGUUUGAAUAAUUUAGAGCCGGGACGUGAAUAUCAAUUUUUAGUUUACGCCGUCAACGCCAAAGGACGAAGCGAGCCGCCGGUGGUGAUUGAGAAUGUACGCGUGGCCGCCCAACUGGGACCAUAUGAUGAAUCCAUUCUGUCCGAGGACCCAACGCCCGCAGAAACAACACAUCAUGGGGGCGGCGGUGUGGGCGGCAGCGGGAGCUCCAGCGGCCUGGGCACCGGCGCCAGCACGGGCAGCGGCCCGGAGAAGCAAUCGACGCUGCUGAUACUCGCCGCCGUCGUGGUGAUAGGCGCCGUCGUGGUGACGUCAAUUAUCGUGGCCGGCAUCGUCGUGGUCUGCCGGCACAGGCCGCGGCCACCUGAGCCGCAGGAGGUGCGCAAGAGCAUGCGGCCGGCGAGAAACGAUGUGCCGAGCAUGUACAUCGAGGAGGACGAGCUGAACGAGCUGGAGGAGGGCGGCGGACGGGCGGCGGAGAUUAGGGCGCGUGUGGCCCCUCCCAAUUCGCACCUGUGCGGCGGCGGCGGCAUGCCGAUGCCCGGCGGCGUUGGGUCGAGUGGCGGUGCCAUUGUGGGCGUGGCCGGGCCCCAUCACUACAUCUCCGAGAGCUUCAUCCAGUACGCGCAGCCCAGCCUAAACGACCCGGAUCUGAUAUUGCCGCGCGGCGAAUUGGAAUUUACGACCCUGGAUCCAACGCUGAAGUAAUUGUAAAAAGUAAUAAUAAAUAUCUACACACACACACACACAUACACACACCCAUAGACACACACACGAGUGGGCUCACUCGCGGUGAGGCCUCAUAAUUCACGGGCAUUUCAUUAAACAUAGCUGUAAAUUUUUAGCAUAAAUUUAAAUGCAUUAGCGUAAAGGUAAAUCGUGUUGCGUAACGUUUAAGCGGAAAGGCAAAUAGAUAAGGAUAAACCAUUUUGUAAUUGUCAGCCAUUAAGUGUCAUUGAAACCGCUGAAGGCGGAUGCAAAAUCAAAACCAAACAACCAAAAAAAACCAAAUACGAGCAUAAAUAUAUAGAAACCCAGAAGCUGCGCUAUAAAUACGCUACAAACUUGUAACUGAAAUCAAAAGUAUGAAACAUGUAAAUACAACACUCACUACACACCACACACACUCAUUUUGCUGUUGCACCAUCGACUGUACAUAGAGAAACGGGCAAACAUUAAUCAAACUGCAUUUAAAUGUUAAAUAUUAAUUGUAAUUAAUGAACAACUAGCCCGUAAGCCAGUAGUAUAGUAAGUAAGUAAGUAAGCCGUGUGUAUUGAAAGUGUAAUUAGACUCAUAGAGCCAACUAAGAGUUAUUGGCCAACUGACUUUGCACCAGGUAUCUGUUAUCUGUUACCUGCAUCGGAUGUGUGCAAAUAUCUGGCCAUUUAUCCAUUAAUGUCUGCAUAGCCAUAUAGCAUUCAUUAGCUAAAGUUCCAGUCUGUCCCAUCCUGUUGCUGUCCGAUCAUUUGAAAUAUUGAAAUGUUUCCAACAGCCAGCAGCAAUUCUGGGCCCACGGCCCGCCCACUUUUCCGCCCUGAUCCGGCACUUUCAGGCGCUAUUUAUGGCAAUUCCAUGAAUAUUCUAUUACCCCAAUAAGCCGAACUGACGGCCAAGAUGAAUAACAGCCGAAAAAACACGAAACACACAAAACAACAGCCAAGUGGGCCAUGCUCGAGUGCAUAAUGAAUAAAUGUCGAGUGAACGGCCAAUUCCCAGGAUCCUCAGCAAUUCCACUCACACAGGACUCACACAGGACUCCCCCACAACUCGAACUACAACACAAACUCGAAGUCAAACAAUAAAUGCGAAUUCAGUGUAAAUGUUAUAAAUAAUUAAAGUAACCGAGCAAAGUACGACAUAAAAAUAAUAAUAACAGUAAUAAUAAUACGCCAUACACUUUACACAGUACUCCAAUGUAAUUCGAAUUCUAAUUUCAAAUAUACAAACAUAAAGUGAAAUGGCAGACUAGCAAAAUAUACAGUGCGUAUGCGUAAUAAAAUAAAUUGAAAUUCAUAUAUAUAUACAAGUAUAUAUAGGUGCAUACAAAUGGAAACAGUAUGUCGUUCUCUGUCUCUGUCACUCUGAACAAAACCAAACUGAUUGUUUUUAAGCAAAGUUAGAUUUAUAAAUAAAUUAAAUUUAAAUGCGAAACGAGCAAGGAGAAACGAGAAGCGCAAACUUAAAAGUGAAAUACAUUAAUAACUA